AUGGCUGAAAAUAAGGCAAAAGCCUUCGAUGGAGCAGAGUUGACAUCUUUUGACAUCUUGACUCUGGACGACAGCGUUCCUAACGAUGAAAGCCGGGAGCUCCUGCUCGACCCAAACAGGCUCACGUUCAUUUCUAUCCUUCGCGUCUCUCUGCCCGAGGAUGGACUGAGCACACAGGAUGGAUUGGUCUUCAAGGGAGAGAGAGUGGUGAUUCCAGAAGCACUCCAGGCAGAUAUAACACAGCGAAUUCACUCAACACACAUCGAGACAGAAGGGUGCCUCAGGAGAGCUAGAGACUGCGUCUACUGGCACGGUAUGAACGACCACAUCAAAAAGUACGUCGCUACAUGUGACAUAUGCCGGUCUGUGGAUGCGAAACAACAGAAAGAGACACUAAAACCACAUGAGCCGACCACCAGACCAUGUACCAAAGUUGGGACAGAUUUAUUCAACUUUGAGGGUAGGGACUACCUAAUAACUGUUGAUUAUUACUCCAACUUUUGGGAGAUAGAUUAUCUACCUGAUACCAAGUCGAGUACUGUGAUUAGGAAACUAAAGGCUCAUUUCGCACGUCAGGGAAUCCCAAAUAUUGUUUUUUCUGACAACAGGCCCCAGUACAGCUCGACAGAGUUUGCCAACUUCAGCCGGAAAUGGGAAUUUCGACACCAUACCUCAUCGCCUGGCUAUCCGCAGAGUAACGGCAAAGCAGAGUCUGCUGUUAAAAUUGCCAAACGACUCAUGAAAAAGGCGAAAUUGGCUGGACAGGAUCCAUAUCUGGCCUCAUUGGACCACAGAAACACCCCAACACAAGGUUUGACUACCAGCCCUGCACAGAGACUGUUAAGCAGCAGGACGAGGACACUCCUCCCAAUAGGAGACAGACUGUUGCAACCCAAAGUGACUGAUAACAAGUUAGCACUGAUGAAAAACAGAGAGAGACAAACAAAGUACUACAACAGGGCGGCGAAAGACAUGGACACAUUAAACCCAGGGGACUUGGUGCGAGUCCAAGCUUUUGAACCACACGCCUUAUGGACCAAGGCUAGAGUGUGUAACACUCUGGGAAACAGAUCCUAUGAUGUGGAGUUAGACAACAGCAGAGUCCUCAGAAGGAAUCGUCGCCAUCUGAGGCGAGCUGUGGAGGUCAAAAAUGACAUGUCAACACAUCUCCAGCCUGAGGGACAGAACAAAGAGGACACACAAAACAACACUACCAGGACAGGACGGGUAGUACUAUGACCUGGAUAUCUGCAGGACUAUGUAUGCAAUUAAGGGGUAAUCUGUGAGUUAUAUGUUGUGGUUUGUUUGCUGGUCAGAAGAAAGAAAAAAAACACAUCUGUGAUAAUAUUUUGAGUUAUGGCUUUGUGAUCUGUUUACUUGUUGGAAAAAAAAGGAAAAGAGAAACAAAAUGAAAAAAUAAAUAAAUAAAGUAGUAAUAAUAAUAAAGGAAAAUGGAAAGAAAGCUAAAAAAAAUUAAAAAAAAAUAAGUAGAAGGAAGAAAUUUUUAUUUUUGAAGAAAAUGGUGACCAACAAAGAAAUGUCAUGUCUAAGUUUUGUUCAGUUUUGUUGCAAACAGAGUUCUCACCUUAUGAAUAGUUCAUUGUCUUUGUAAAAGAAAAGGGAUGUAGCAAUGGGAAUUGCUUUUACCUGUGUGCUCCGCCCGGAGUCUAGAGAGUGUAACACCGGAAGGUGAGAAGAAGAGACUCAUGACUGUUUAUUAAGCGUUUAAUAAAAGUUUACCUCGGAGGAGGGAAAGUU